AUGCAGGCGCUGUCCAACGGGCGGUACAAGAGCUGCCUGCACCGCGCGGUGGUGAACCAGCGGCAGGAGCGGCGGUCGUUGGCCUUCUUCCUGUGCCCGCGCGAGGACCGGGUGGUGCGCCCGCCGGCCAGCAGCGCCACGCCGCGGCAGUACCCGGACUUCACCUGGGCCGACCUCAUGCGCUUCACGCAGCGCCACUACCGCGCCGACACCCGCACGCUGGACGCCUUCACCCGCUGGCUCUCCCACGGCCCGGCCCAGGAGGCGGAGGCGGCGGCGGCUCCCUGCACGUAG